AUGAACUGGUUGCAAACUUCAUCGAAAGAGAAGAAGACAACCUGCAAUAGCUCCGACAUGGAGCUUACACUACUAAUUGUUAUUGGCCUUGCGGCUACAACAAUUGCAGGUCCUAUACAAGAAAAGGUAAACAUAGGUCAAUGUGCGAAACAAUGUACAGUGUCAAACAAAUUUGAUUAUGAAAUUGGAAAGACAUAUGAAUACAGAUAUGACACCGAAAUAAGAACAGCGAUACAAGGUGCUUCGGAAGAUCAAGCCGGUGUUGACAUGUCAGCAAAGGUGUACAUCGAUUUCCUCUCUAAGUGCGAAAUGGUCAUCCGGAUGAGUGACGUCAAAAUGUCAGAGCAUGACCCAGAGACGUCAACAAUGAAACCAAUGACCACAGAGCUCAUUUCUGAACUUGAAAGAAAUCCAUUGAUAGUCUCCUUCCAAGAUGGUAAAAUCGAGGAGUUGUGUCUGUCAAAACCAGAAUCUGACAAGAUCUUAAACAUCAAGAGAGGUAUUCUGUCCCUUAUCCAGAACAAUAUGGAUGACAUCAACAAAGACCAAACAGUCACCGAAAGUGAUGUUUCUGGUAAUUGUGUUACUGAAUACACAUCUAAAGAUAAUGGCUGGUACAACAAAAUAAUCAAGAAAUCCAAAAAUCUUCUUGGAUGUACAGGUCGCCAAAACAGUAACUCAGCCAUCCAGGGCAUUCCUUAUUCUUCUAAGUCAGAUGUGCAGACUCUUCCCCUUAUCAAGAGUACACAUGAAUGUCAGCAGGAAAUAGUAUCAGCAACUGGGCGUCUUCAAGUCGCAAAGUGUACGGAACAACACAAAUUUGUACCUUUCUCCAGAUUAGACAGUGGUGCCACAACACAUAACACUCAAACCUUGACUUUUGUUAAAGAAUACAAAUCCCAGUCAAAUCCAGAGCAAGUUUCUGUAAGAGUACCAGUUCAGUUCCAACACUCAAAUGGAAAUGGUGCAGAACACACAAUUAAGGACGUUGAACAGAAACUGAUGGAGAUUUGUGCGAACACAAAGGAUGGAGUGACCCCAGAAACACCAAAAUUAUUCACAUCAUUGGUUUAUACCAUGAAGACUAUGCAAUCUAACGAUCUUCUGUCAAUUUAUAAAAAAAUUAACAGCAAAGAAAUCUGUUCAGUUAACAACGACAGAGUAAGAAAAUUUUUCCUUGAUGCCAUUCCAAUGUCUGGCUCAAGAGAGACCCUCAAACUGAUGGUACAACUUCUUGUGAGUGAACAAGUAACUGGUCUUGAUGCAGAUAUGUGGAUGACCACUCUUGCUUUUGUCCAGAACCCAUCUAUCGAUAUGCUUGCAGAUGUUAAGCCACUCCUCACCAUGAAGACUAACCAAGAAAAGGCAAUGCUUUCAGUCAGCUCUUUGGUCCACACCGUUUGUAAGACUAACCCA